AUGCCCAUGUCAACAAUGGAGGACCCGUCGGCGCCUGGUCCGCUGACCUCCCACCCGAUCGCGGGCCCUCCGUCAAGCAAUUCGACGUCCAACGGCCAGCGACCCGCGGCGAAACGAUCAAACUCGUCGGUGCAGCGCGCCAAUUCCCGCUUCGUCGAGGGUUCAAUGAACGACCGUACCUCGGCUGCGCCACCAAUCGACUUCCUCGGCCCCGAGGAUUCGACUGAGAUUGCCCGCCGCUUCCACAUGGACUUUUACGUCGACGCACCCGACGCUGGUGUCUUCUCCCCUGAGAGACUUCGGCAGCAGCAACAUCACCAGCCGCUGCACCAGCAGUCCCAGCCACUUCUACACCAACCGACAAUCACCUACGGCGAAGUUAAGAGACCCGCCAGUUCGGCUAGCAGCCACGUCGGGAAGAAGGGUUUCUGGGGCGGCCUCCGCGAGAAGCUGAGCUUCGUCAGGGACAAGGAUAAGGGGGCUAAGCGCCCACUGAGCCUCGAUGGCAAGCUCCUUGCUCAAGGAGGCGGGGCUGGAGGCUUCGGCAGCAGCAAUGGUAACGGCAACGGCCUGGGCCCCAUUGGCGCGCCGACCGCCGCCGCGAUGCCUGCACAUUUCGCGAACGGCGCGGGCAUGCCCAGCAGAGACGAGAUCAUGGCCAGCUACCAGCAACUUAUGAAGGACGGUUUCUUUGAUGCGCAUGCUAUCCGCUCCACCCGCCAGCCUCCCCCGCCCUCGUUCAACCCCUCGACCACCACGUACUCGACCAAGCCUCCCACGGACAAGAAGUCCUUUGCCGAGCGCGUAUCGGGUCAGUGGCCUCUUCCGGCGACUGAGGAGGUUCAGCCUUUGCCAGAUUCGCGCGACGGAAACAGGAAACGCGGCAUGGACAAUGAUGAAGAUAUGUCGGCAGCCAAGAAGCUGCGCAAGUCUGCUUCUCGUAUGUCCGUCGACCUCUCGAUCCCAGGUCUCCGCAAGCAAAGGUCUCACGCCCAGUCUGCCUCGGUGGACAUGCCACCUCCCAAUUACAUGCCGCCUCCGCCUCCUCCUAACUACAUGCCUCCUCCCCCGCCUCCCCGCGCUGUCGGUGGAGGUACUGUUUUUGUUCGCCGGUCGUUUAGUAGCUCCAACCGCGCAAGCAAUAAGCUCGCCAAGCACCAGCCCUCGUCCUCUCUCGGCCCCAUGCCCAUGGACACGGACUUUACGCCCCCGAAUCCCUCCUACGCGGCUAGCAUCGAUUCCAACGACUCGAGGCGAUCCUUCCGCGAGGCAGCUCGUGCCUGGACUUCCCGAACCGCCCGCAAGGCAGCCGAGCCGCUGGGCCUGAGGCCCAACUCGAACCACGGCGCGGCGGUCAUGCAGUGCGGACCCGAGCAGUUUAAGAACCGCGGGUUCGGUUGCGAAGGGGAGAACUAUGGCGUUGCGCAGGAGCGCGAGCUGCCCAGCCGGUGGAGGGGUUUGACGCGAUUCACCUAA